ACACCACUAUUGCAAUUUAUUUCCUUAGGUGCUGCUGCAGCGCGAGAGCUUAGCCUAAGACCUACAAAAUGUCCAUCCUUAAGGUCCACGCCCGUGAAAUCUUCGACUCUCGUGGGAACCCCACCGUUGAAGUAGACCUCUUCACUAACAAAGGUCUCUUCCGAGCUGCUGUUCCCAGCGGAGCCUCAACUGGUAUCUACGAAGCCCUGGAACUCCGGGACAAUGACAAAACUCGCUUCCUGGGGAAAGGUGUCUCAAAAGCUGUUGAGCACGUGAAUAAAACUAUUGCACCCGCCCUGGUUAACAAGAAUAUAAGUGUGGUGGAGCAGGAAAAAAUCGACAAGCUGAUGAUUGACAUGGAUGGAUCUGAGAACAAGUCUAAAUUUGGUGCGAACGCAAUCCUGGGUGUCUCCCUUGCGGUGUGCAAGGCUGGUGCGGCGGAGAAGGACGUGCCUCUGUAUCGCCACAUUGCUGACCUGGCCGGGAACAAAGAAGUUGUUUUGCCAGUGCCUGCUUUCAACGUGAUCAACGGUGGUUCUCACGCUGGGAACAAGCUGGCUAUGCAGGAGUUUAUGAUCCUUCCCGUCGGCGCAGAGAGCUUCAAGGAAGCCAUGCGCAUCGGGGCGGAGGUGUACCACAACCUGAAGAACGUCAUCAAGGAGAAGUACGGCAAGGAUGCCACCAACGUGGGCGACGAAGGCGGAUUUGCCCCCAACAUCCUGGAGAACAAGGAAGCUCUGGAGCUGUUGAAGAAUGCCAUCAGCAAGGCCGGCUACACGGAUAAGAUCGUCAUCGGAAUGGACGUGGCGGCUUCUGAAUUUUACCGCGAUGGGAAGUAUGACCUGGACUUCAAAUCCCCAGACGAUCCUAGCCGAUACAUCUCUCCUGACAAGCUGGCUGACCUGUACAAGAGCUUUGUCAAAAAUUACCCAGUGGUUUCCAUCGAAGAUCCCUUUGACCAGGAUGACUGGCCCGCCUGGAAGAAGUUCACGGCCGAGGCGGGGAUCCAGGUGGUGGGGGACGACUUGACGGUGACCAACCCCAAACGCAUCAGCAAAGCGGUGCAGGAAAAGUCCUGCAACUGCCUCCUCCUCAAAGUGAACCAGAUCGGAUCGGUCACCGAGUCGCUGCAGGCCUGCAAGCUGGCCCAGUCCAACGGCUGGGGGGUGAUGGUGAGCCAUCGCUCCGGAGAGACGGAAGACACCUUCAUUGCGGAUUUGGUGGUGGGCCUCUGCACCGGACAGAUUAAGACCGGUGCUCCUUGCCGAUCCGAACGUCUCGCUAAAUACAACCAGAUUCUAAGAAUUGAAGAAGAGCUGGGAAGCAAGGCUCGUUUUGCCGGCCGGAAUUUCAGGAACCCCCGAAUCAAUUAAAAAAAGGAAGCUGUUGAUGAGGCUCAUUAGAGGAAUACAUUUAGUCCCCCUCUCCCCCUUAGCGCCUGCAUCGUCGUAGCAAAGAAGGGCAGCUGAUGGAAACGGUUCGAUGUUUUCAAGUCCUCCAUCUUGUAAUUCUCUUCCCCUCCCCUCAUGCCUCCCUUCUCUCCAGCUGAGGCUUUCAAGAAAUGUGUGGGUGCUGGGGGGGGGGGCUUCAAGGCAGGAUGGUUCGCUCGUCUUCUCAUCGCUGGAUCUUGGAGGGGAGCCCUCUCCAAAUUAUACUGUAAAGCAUUUUUUUUUUUGCUGCCUUUGCUUGAGAUGCCAGAGUUUUUUUUCCCCUCUCUCUCACUCUGCUGCUCCCCUCCUAUCCUUAAUUUCUCCCUCACCUCCUCUUUAGUGUAUGAAAAAGAUUUGCAGGGCAUCUGAGCUAUCUGUUCACACACACACAAAACCCCCCCAGAAAUUCUCUUGUGAGGCAAAUAAAACACAGAAACGCUGG